AUGGCAGUGGAUCUGGAUCUGUCUAUUCCUCGACCAGGCUAUGACGAGAGGCGCAAUCGGAAUCGCCAACGAAUAUGGCUGGCGUUAUUUAACUAUUGCGGGCAGACCGCUAAGCCUAGUAUGAUGCCAGAGGACAGUCUGAUACGUUCCAGUGAAUCCUUUAUUCUAUCUCCUAUCUGCAUAGCGGUAGAUUUUCGACUAGCCAGCAAUGUUGCUCUGCGGAGGGUUUUGGCUGCUAGCAUAGAAGCGAUAGACAAGGAUAAUGAGUUUGGGCCAAGCAACUAUAAAUUGGAUCUGCGAUCGGUAUAUCAGACUUUUGAAAAAGACUCAGACGCUUGGGUACAGGUACAGACUCAACGAGACCCACAUAUAGCAAUCCAUGCGAACCUGACAGCAUUGCAUGCCAAAGUCAUUAUCUCACAUCGAUGGGUUCAACGGUCUUUCCGCAAUCCUAGCUCUGCUGGAGAUCAUGUCAUAGAGCAGAAUCAAGACAGGGAAAGGAAAGACGCUCUAGCAACCUGCAUCAAUGGGUCGCUAGGGAUAUUGUCGACCAUGUGUCUGCUAGAGGACGAUUUGUUGCGAUACACAUGUGACUCUAAACACCUUUACUUUGCAUACGCAUCGUUUUUUCUAUACAAGGUUAUCGACACCCAGAUUGCCACGAGAAUGAUUGAUCCUCAGUCUCUGUCCCACUUGUUUGAUACCUUCCAUCGCUCAGCAGACAAACUUGAACGACUAGCCCUUUCACCGAGUCACACCAUCGCUUUCCACGGUGCAUUUCUCCGAAGACUUUCGGAGAAGGGUGGGAGGCAGUCUUCUGCAUCGCAAGACGACAGGCUAGGGGGUGAUACCGAAUUGUUGCCCGAUGUGACAGCAGGACUGAAAGAUAACGCUGCGUUGCCCGUGUUAUACGGCCAUCUGAGUCCGAAUCUUCCUGUCGAUCCGCUCGCUGUCUCAAGCAGGGUUGCCGACCCCUUUGUAGAUGAGACACUCGGUGCUGAUAUAGAUUGGAACGAUUGGUGGCCUUUCGACGACAGUACGUGGGACUUUGGGAAUACAGCCAGUACGAUAAAUGAUGCCGACUGGCAAGGCGCUGUUCAUUCACUGUGA